AUGUCUGACUCAAUUAAGUUAGCUGAUUAUCUCUUCACUCGGCUACAGCAGCUGGGUGUACAGUCCGUCUUUGGUGUCCCCGGAGAUUACAACCUGCGCCUAUUGGACUAUGUUGUCCCUGCCGGUCUACACUGGGUUGGAAACUGUAAUGAGCUCAAUGCGGCCUAUGCAGCCGAUGGCUAUGCGCGAAUGAAUGGCGCAUCAGCAUUGAUUACCACCUUUGGUGUGGGAGAGCUCUCAGCGGCUAACGGUAUCGCCGGCGCAUACGCAGAGAGAUCCCCCCGUGAUCCAUAUCUACAGCAGGAUACCCGUAUGCUGAUGCAUCAUACUUUUGCCGAUGGCGAGUACAAGCGAUUCGCCGCGAUGUCCAAGCAUAUCACCGUCGCCCAAACAGAGAUCCAAGAUGCUGCCACUGCCCCAGAACGAAUUGACUGGAUCCUACAACAAGCUCUCAUCCACAGCCGACCUGUGUACCUGGAGUUCCCCGACGACAUGCCACAGGUUCUCGUCUCAUCCGCAAACCUCAAAACACCAAUUAAAGUCCCCGAAGCUCCCAGUCCAACCUACGAAUCCGAUGUCAUCGCCCGCAUCCUCGAAAGAAUCUACGCCGCUAAGCAACCCGUCAUCCUCGUCGAUGGUGAAAGUCAAGCCCUCAGAAUUGUGGACCACCUCGAUACCCUAAUCACAUCUACAAAAUGGCCCACGUGGACCAGUGUCUGGGGUAAGGGUCUCGUCAACGAAUCCCACCCAAAUGUGUACGGCCUGUACGCCUCCGACUUCGGCGACAAGCCCGCCAAGGCGUACUUCGACUCCGCCGAUCUAGUCCUCACAUUUGGACCCCAGUACAGCGACACAAACAGUUACUUCUCAACAGCAAUUCCAAAGCCUUCUGCCGCGAUCACAUUCAAGGAUACGACCAUUCAAAUCGAAUCAGAUAUCUACCGCGACAUCUCUCCAUCCAGAGUCCUCACCCAGAUUCUAUCUAAGCUCGAUUCUACCCGCGUCGCUCGGGUAGAAGGUCCACCUAAAGUCCUCGUCACGACAGACGAUAUCAACUCCUCAGACCUGAUUGCGCAGAAGAAUUUCUUCAGAUUGGUGAACCCAAUUUUCAAGGAAGGUGAUAUCGUCCUCGCCGAGACAGGUACAGCCGCGUACGGUGGUCGGAAAUUCAAAUUACCACCCAAGACAAGGCUAUUCACCGCUGUCACUUGGCUUUCCAUUGGAUUUAUGCUCCCUGCUACACUGGGUACAGCACUUGCACAGCGUGACCAGAAGAAUCGCGAAUCUGGAUCUGGAGUGAAGAACCAGGCGGUUCUGAUUAUCGGAGAUGGAAGUCUUCAGAUGACAGCUCAAGAGAUCAGUGUUAUGAUUAAGGAGAAGUUGGAUAUCCUGAUCAUCAUCAUUAACAAUGAGGGGUAUACCAUUGAACGAGUCAUUCAUGGUCGGAAACAGGCUUAUAAUGAUGUGCCCUUCUGGCGACACACGCAGGCAUUAACAUAUUUCGGGGCGGAUGAAGAGGAUGUUAAGAGGAACACUUUCUCGGCAAAGACGGUGGGCGAGUUCCAGGCUAUUUUGAGUGAUGAGAGAGUGCGUGAUGGGAAGGGAGUACGGAUUGUGGAGGUUUUUAUGGAGAGGGAGGAUGUUCAAGAAGGACCGUUGUUGUGGGUUUUGAAUAAGCAGCUUGCCGAGGAAAAGGCUUCAGCUGCUUGA